GCAACAAUAAACCAGAAGAGGAACAGCAACACAACAAUGGCUGAUAACCUGCCACAAGAGGUGAAAGCUUAUCUCGAGGAAAUAGUACAGCGUCUGGCGGAAUACCUGCAACACCAGCUCGUUGGAGUAUAUCUAUUUGGGUCGGCGAGUUAUGGCGCCUACGAGUCCGGCCUCAGCGACCUUGACGUACAGGUCGUAGUGAAGGAUCGGCUGAGAACCGUCGAGAAGCAGGCAGUUAUAAGCCGCCUGACCCACGCCGUCUUACCUUGCCCGGCUACCAAACUCGAGUUCGUGGUGUAUGCUCAAAGCGCCGUGUAUCCGGCCAGUCGUCACCCUCGCUUCGAACUCAAUCUCAACACGGGGCUUCACCAGCCUGAUCACAUCAGCCUCGAUCCCGCCGACGAGUCCAGCCACUGGUUUCUGCUGGAUAUCGCCAUGGGACGUCAGCUUGGCUGCAGCCUGUACGGCCCUGAUACGACCCACGCGUUCGGCGCGAUCCCUCAACGCUGGGUCCUGGAAGCCAUCGCGGACUCACUCGAUUGGCACCACGCAAACGAAAUCAACUCUCCCAACAGCAUUCUCAAUGCGUGCCGAGGCUGGCGAUUCAUUGUCACGGGCGAAUUCUCUUCCAAAUUGGACGGGGCCAAAUGGGCCCUACAACAACAGGACUGUCCAGACGUGGUUCGACGUGCAAUUCUCGCGCGCAACACAGACGACAAACUCCCGGCGGCCCAGGCAGAGAUGCUCUAUGAUAUUGCUCUGACGGCCAACCGUGCCAAACUCGCGACGGAUCUAGAUUAACUCGUGCCCCAAUCCAUGGCCGCAGGGAAGCCAUCUGAGUUCUAGAGCAGGCGUGGCAAUCAAGAUCUUGAUUUUCUCUACUCAGAUUGAAGCAAGUUCAAGAGAAAGCGAACAAAUGACUGGUCGGACUUGAAGGGGAUGUGGUGAUGUCGAAUGGCACGAUCUUCCUGCGCAUCUAACGACAGGAUGGCUCAGGGUGUUCAGCUACCUUUGGCAAGUUCGGAUUUCCUGGUUAUGGAACAAACAUUUGACGUUGGCCGGAUCGAAGUUUCUUGCCCAUUUGCGAUGGAUUGGUUUGUUGCUGGUGUCUGGGGAAGCAUUCCAAUCAUAGAACCGUAUCGAAGAUGUUCGAAGCAGUAUCAUCAAGGCUCGGAAAUACUACAUUCGUA